GCUGCGCCGCGCCGAGUAGCCUCCAUCCAUGGCACGGAGCGGCGGCGGCGGCGGCAGCAGGAGCUCGGCGCAAUCCGUUAGGUCCCAACCCAGCGCCGACAGACCAGGCGACGCGGAGGGUCCCGGCCUCCACCAGCCCCGGGGCACCGCGCAGAGACUCCGGCAGCGCCGCGGAGGGCCGCCUGCUCUGCGCUGACAGCCGCGCCGGCGUCCUCCCCGCCGGGGCGCUCGCCGGACAUGCCCCCGGGGUGCGGCGGCGGGGACCCCGGGGCUUGCCUCCGCCCAGGGCCCCCCGCCCCGCCCUCGGGCGCCCCGGGACCCUGCUGAGCACGCCUCCCGCACGCCCGGGUCCCUCCGGCCCGUGCGCAGAGCGGCCCCAGCGCUGUCGGUCCCCGCGGGGCUAUGGGCUGAUGGGCGCCGGGGGACGCAGGAUGCGAGGGGCGCCCGCGCGCCUGCUGCUGCCGCUGCUGCCGUGGCUCCUGCUCCUGGCGCGCGAGACCUGGGGCGCGCCCGGCUGCCCUGUCCCCAUCCGCAGCUGCAAGUGCUCGGGGGAGCGGCCCAAGGGGCUAAGCGGCGGCGCCCCCAACCCGGCGCGCAGGAGGGUGGUGUGCGGCGGCGGGGAACUCCCGGAGCCUCCCGAGCCAGGCCUCCUGCCUAACGGCACCGUUACCCUGCUCCUGAGCAACAACAAGAUCACUGGGCUCCAGAACGGAUCCUUCUUGGGACUGUCCCUGCUGGAGAAGUUGGACCUGAGAAACAACGUCAUCAGCACGGUGCAGGCCGGGGCCUUCCUGGGCCUGGGGGAGCUGAAGCGCUUAGAUCUCUCCAACAACCGGAUUGGCUGUCUCACCUCCGAGACCUUCCAGGGCCUCCCCAAGCUUCUCCGCCUAAACAUAUCUGGAAACAUCUUCUCCAGUCUGCAACCUGGGGUCUUUGAUGAGCUGCCAGCCCUUAAGCUUGUGGACUUCGGCACCGAGUUCCUGACUUGUGACUGCCACCUGCGCUGGCUGCCCUCCUGGGCCCGGAAUCACUCGCUGCAGCUGUCCGAGCGCACGCUCUGUGCCUACCCCACUGCCCUACGCGCUCAGGCCCUGGGCGGCCUCCAGGAGGCCCAGCUGCGCUGCGAGGGGGCCCUGGAGCUACACACGCACCACCUCAUCCCAUCCCUACGCCAAGUGGUGUUCCAGGGUGACCGCCUGCCCUUCCAGUGCUCCGCCAGCUAUCUGGGCAACGACACCCGCAUCCGCUGGUACCACAACCGGGCCCCGGUGGAGGGCGAUGAGCAGGCAGGCAUCCUCCUGGCGGAAAGCCUCAUCCACGACUGCACCUUCAUCACCAGCGAGCUGACCCUGUCUCACAUCGGUGUGGGGGCCUCAGGCGAGUGGGAGUGCUCCGUGUCCACGGCCCAGGGCAACGCCAGCAAGAAGGUGGAGAUCGUGGUGCUCGAGACCUCCGCCUCCUACUGCCCUGCCGAGCGCGUCGCCAACAACCGUGGGGACUUCAGGUGGCCUCGAACUCUGGCUGGCAUCACAGCCUACCAAUCCUGCCUGCAGUAUCCCUUCACCUCGGUGCCCCUGAGCGGGGGUGCCCCUGGCACCCGGGCCUCCCGCCGGUGUGACCGAGCUGGCCGCUGGGAGCCGGGGGACUACUCCCACUGUCUGUACACCAACGACAUUACCCGGGUGCUCUACACCUUCGUGCUGAUGCCCAUCAAUGCCUCCAACGCUCUGACCCUGGCCCACCAGCUGCGUGUGUACACCGCUGAGGCUGCCAGCUUCUCAGACAUGAUGGACGUAGUCUAUGUGGCUCAGAUGAUCCAGAAAUUUUUGGGUUACGUCGACCAGAUCAAAGAGCUGGUGGAGGUGAUGGUGGACAUGGCCAGCAACCUGAUGCUGGUCGAUGAGCACCUGCUGUGGCUGGCCCAGCGAGAGGACAAGGCCUGCAGCGGCAUCGUGGGUGCCCUGGAGCGCAUUGGGGGCGCCGCCUUGAGCCCCCACGCCCAGCACAUCUCUGUGAACUCGAGGAACGUGGCAUUGGAGGCCUACCUCAUCAAGCCAAACAGCUACGUGGGCCUGACCUGCACAGCCUUCCAGAGGAGGGAGGUGAGCGGGCCCGGCGCCCGGCCCGCAGGCCUCGGCCAGAACCCCUCUCCCGAGCCGGAGCCCCUGGCUGACCAGCAGCUGCGCUUCCGCUGUACCACCGGGAGGCCCAACAUCUCUCUGUCGUCCUUCCACAUCAAGAACAGCGUGGCCCUGGCCUCCAUCCAGCUGCCGCCCAGCCUGUUCUCGUCCCUUCCGGCUGCCCUGGCGCCCCCGGCACCCCCAGACUGCACCCUGCAACUGCUCGUCUUCCGAAAUGGCCGCCUCUUCCGCAGCCACGGCAACACCUCCCGCCCCGGAGCUGUGGGGCCCGGCAAGAGGCGCGGCGUGGCCACCCCUGUCAUCUUCGCAGGAACAAGUGGCUGUGGCGUGGGAAACCUGACGGAGCCAGUGGCCAUUUCGCUGCGCCACUGGGCUGAGGGGGCUGAACCCGUGGCAGCUUGGUGGAGCCAGGAGGGGGCGGGCGGGGCUGGGGGCUGGAGUGCCGAAGGCUGCCAGCUCCGCUCCAGCCACCCCAACGCCAGCUCUCUGCACUGCCAGCACCUGGGCAACGUGGCCGUGCUCAUGGAGCUGAGUGCCUUUCCCAGGGAGGUGGGGGGCUCGGGUGCAGGGCUUCAUCCGGUCGUGUACCCCUGCACAGCCCUGCUGCUGCUCUGCCUCUUCUCCACCAUCAUCACCUACAUCCUCAACCACAGCUCCAUCCACGUGUCCCGGAAGGGCUGGCACAUGCUGCUGAACCUGUGCUUCCACAUGGCCAUGACCUCCGCCGUCUUUGCAGGAGGCAUCACCCUCACCAACUACCAGAUGGUCUGCCAGGCGGUGGGCAUCACCCUGCACUACUCUUCACUGUCCACACUGCUCUGGAUGGGUGUGAAGGCCCGCGUCCUCCACAAGGAGCUCACCUGGAGGGCGCCCCCUCCACAGGAAGGGGACUCUGCCCCAUCUGCUCCCCGCCCCAUGCUCCGGUUCUAUCUGAUCGCCGGAGGGAUCCCACUCAUUAUCUGCGGCAUCACAGCUGCUGUCAACAUCCACAACUACCGGGACCACAGCCCCUACUGCUGGCUGGUGUGGCGUCCAAGCCUAGGAGCCUUCUACAUCCCCGUGGCUUUGAUUCUGCUGAUCACCUGGAUCUAUUUCCUGUGUGCAGGGCUGCGUCUGAGGGGUCCUCUGGCACAGAGCUCAAAGGGGGGCACGAGCAGGGUCUCCCUGGACCCAGGGGAGGAGCUGAGAGUUUCCACCAGGCUCAGGAGCAGUGGCCCCCUCCUGAGUGACUCAGGUUCCCUUCUGGGUACCGGGAGCGCGGGGGUGGUGACGCCUGGACCCCCAGAGGAUAUUGAUGGCCUCUAUUCUCCGGGAGUCCAGCUGGGGGCGCUGGUGACCACGCAUUUCCUGUACCUGGCCAUGUGGGCCUGCGGGGCUCUGGCGGUGUCCCAGCGCUGGCUGCCCCGGGUGGUGUGCAGCUGUCUGUAUGGCGUGGCGGCCUCGGCCCUGGGCCUCUUCGUCUUCACCCACCACUGUGCCAGGCGCAGGGACGUUAGGGCCUCCUGGCGCGCCUGCUGCCCCCCUGCCUCGGCCUCGCGCGCCUCACCCCCAGCCGUGCCCGCCUCUAUCCCAGACGACGGUUCCCCGGUGUUCGGAGAGGGACCCGCCUCCCUUAAGUCAUCCCCCAGUGGCAGCAGCGGUGGCCAUGCACCGGCCCUGGGUCCCUGCAAGCUCACCAACCUACAGUUGGCCCAGAGUCAGGUGUGCGAGGCAGGAGUGGUGGCCCGUGGAGAAGGGGAGCCAGAGCCCGUGGGCUCCCGAGGGAGCCUCGCCCCCCGCCACCCCAACAACCUGCCCCACGGGCGCCGAGCGCACAAGAGUCGGGCCAAGGGGCACCGCACGGGGGAGGCGGGAGGCAAGAACCGGCUCAAGGCACUGCGCGGGGGUGCAGCAUCCGGGGCGCCCGAGCUACUGUCCAGCGAGAGCGGCAGCCUGCACAACAGCCCAUCCGACAGCUACCCGGGCAGCAGCCGCAAUAGCCCUGGCGCCCGCCUCCAGCUGGAAGGUGAGCCUGCACUCACGCCGUCGGAGGGCAGCGACACCAGCGCCGCGCCGCUCCCAGAGGCCAGCCGGCCGGGCCAGCGCCGCAGCGCCAGUCGGGACAACCUCAAGGGCGUGCUGGAGAAGGAAAGCAAGCGCCGCUCCUACCCGCUCAACACCGCCAGUCUGAAUGGCGCCCCCAAAGGCGGCAAGUACGACGACAUCACCAUGGCCUCUGGCGCCGAGGCGGCAGGGGGCGGCUGCAUGAAGACAGGCCUCUGGAAGAGCGAGACCACCGUCUAGGGUGGGUCAAGUGACACUUUAGGACAUGCUGGCCACUGGGUUUAUUAGCCCGGCUUCUCGGGAGGCCUCAAAGACGUCGGUCGGUACGUCAACAGGUUUGAGGUGGAAGCGCCCAGGGCUGCACCCGGGCUCACCAGCUUUGGUUCUGGAGGUUGGGGUGGGGAAUAGGCAAGGGCCUACCACCGCCAAGAGGGCCAUGCCUCUAGGGUAGCGACAGACAAUCCCAGAGCCACAGCAGGAUAAUCUCCGUCGCAGCCCAGGCUAGUUUGGGCAGUUUUCAGUGCCGUCCAGGGUAGGGGGAGGGCCUGUCAGCCUGCAGUGAUGAAUCGUGGACCAGCACCGCACAGCCCAGGCAGGCUCCUCCAAAGGUGCUGCCGCAUCCUGUCCACCUGCCUCGCUGGUGGUCGCUGGCCUCACUAGGAAAACACGGAUGGGAGCACGAGAACAAUGUUCUCUCACUGCACUCUUCUGAAGUCAGCCAUCUGUGCCUAGAUUCUAGGGUCUCUCCCUCACCCAGUUUUUGGCUAACUGGGGAGCCAGCCUUAGCAGAUGAGCCAAGGGACCAGGACCAACUGGAGGUGAUAAGGUGCUGCUUUUCAGAUUAACUAUGCAAGAGAAGGUGGAGCAGUGUGAAAGGCAGCUUGGGAGAUCAAGUGGGGGGAGGGGCAGGUGCACAAUUAGGGAGGGAUACCGUUCCCACGUGAGUGGUGCACAUACCAUAUAGCAGGGCUCCAAGGUGGCACUUGAAGACAAGCCAAGGGCCACCUAAGAGGCUGACGGUGCCUGGGGAUAAUCUGAAGGAAGUAGAGGGCAGUGCUUGGACUUGGGGCUGACAUCAGUCCAGCCUCAAACUUAGCCCUAUAAACAAUGCCCCGAAUGGGGCCCCUGCACAGGACUGCAAGCCAUGUUGGAGAAGCACUUUCUGUUCACGUACAAGACCCACGCCUCCAGUCUCAGCCUCCCAACACCAAGGGACUAAGGAGAAGUACUUCCCUGCCUCCAUGAGGCCACACGAAGACCCAUCCCAAUCACUUGACCUCUAGCUCCCUGUUAGGGGGAAGCCUCCAAAACAUCAGACCAGCUUCCCACCGCACGGAAGCCCAGGCCAAACCCUUCCAGGUGGCAGGCACGGUCCCGACAGCUCCCCUGGGGCCUGAGCCUCCACUUUUAAACACCAGCACUCCUAUUUUUCCCCCAACCUACAAAGCAACCACCAGCCUUGUACCACAGGACCCUGUAAAAGUGGAGGGAGCCUGGGGCCUUGUAAACAGCAUCAUGAAAACAAGACCUGGUCCAGGUCCCCCCAGCCUGAUCUGAUCACCAAGGUGAACGAAGACACAGGGGACAAAAGGAAACCCACACGCCUUGGGACGGAUCCUGUUAUUUAUGCUUGCUGCACAGACAAUAUUAGACAGGAAAAAAAAAAGCUUUGUAUUAUUCUUCCACAUACGCUGGCUGCUGUUUACAUACCCUGCCAAUGCCUUAGCACUGGAGAGCUUUUUGCAAUACGCUGGGGAGAGGGGAGGGAGGGGAUGAGAAGUGCCAAAGAAAACAUGUUUUUAAAAGCUCGGGUUUUAUACAAUAGAAUGUUUUCUAGCA